AUGGGCUCUAAUAUCACCUCUUCCAUCAUUUUCUUGCUGACGGGUGUCCCUGGGCUGGAAGCUUUCCACAGCUGGAUCUCCAUUCCCUUCUGCUUCCUCUAUGUAACUGCCCUCUCAGGAAACAGCCUGAUUCUCUUCGCAGUCAUCACUCAGCCCAGCCUCCACGAACCUAUGUAUUAUUUCCUCUCCAUGCUGUCCACCACGGACCUCGGGCUGUCCAUGUCCACUCUGGUCACAAUGUUGGGUAUAUUUUGGUUCAAUGCCAGGGAGAUCACCUUUAAUGCCUGCUUAUUGCAGAUGUUCUUUAUUAAGCUCUUCACUGUCAUGGAAUCUUCAGUACUGUUGACUAUGGCUUUUGAUCGUUUUGUGGCCAUCUCUAAUCCCCUUAGAUAUGCCACCAUUUUAACUGACUCCAGAAUAGUGCAGAUUGGAGUGGCGAUUGUUAUCAGGGGGACCCUAACGCUGACACCAAUGGUAGCACUUCUUAAAAGGCUAUCCUACUGCAGUAGCCAUGUGCUUCACCACUCCUACUGUUACCACCCUGAUGUGAUGAAGCUCUCCUGCACAGACACCAGGAUCAACAGUGCUGUUGGGUUGACUGCCAUGAUCUCCACUGUUGGUGUGGACUCAGUCCUCAUUCUCCUUUCUUAUGUUUUGAUCAUUAAGACCAUCCUCAGCAUUGCAUCCCCAGAAGAGAGGAAGAAAGCCUUCAGCACAUGUAUCUCCCAUAUUGGGGCUGUUGCUAUAUUUUAUAUCCCAUUGAUCAGUCUGUCCUUUGUUCACAGAUUUGGACAGCAAGCCCCAGCCUAUGUACAUACUAUGAUUGCUAACACCUACCUGCUCAUCCCUCCUGUAAUGAACCCCAUCAUCUACAGUGUGAAAACCAAACAGAUACGCAGAGCCGUGAUAAAAAUUCUCAACUCCAAAGAAGCAUAG